AUGGAUAACCAAAUGAUGUUGGGUCCGUAUUCUCACGUGCCGCUCGGCCCCGGCGGCCCCGGCCCCGGCGGCGGCGGCGGCGGCAGUGGCCUAGCGGAAGGGGCCUCCGGCAUGGACGCCGCGGCGGAGAUGGUGGGUACCAUCCGGUGCGCCGGUUGCGGCGGGGCGGCGGGGGAUUACCUGGGCCCGCCCGACCUGUCGAACGCUUGCAGCUGGUGCGGGGGAAGGCUGCCGCUGUGCGACCCUUGCGCCAGGGCCGUGAGCUUCAGCGCGAUCGGCGAGAGCGGCGGCGGCGGCGGCGACGGAGUCUCGGUGGACGAGAUGAUCGCGGCGGAGGCGGUGUGCUGCUGCGCGUGCGCCAGGCUCGUGUGCUCGGGGCCCGAGUGCUCGACGCGCUGCUCCAACAUGAGCUGCGAGAGUGUUUUCUGCUCGAGCUGCCGGCUCUCGCUCUCGGAGUGCUCUGGCUGCUUGAUGCCGCACUGCCGCCCGACCGGCGACCCCGGCACGGACUGCCUCCUGCCCUGCCAGGGACACCCGGGGUGCCGGGAGGCGGUCUGCCGGCUGUGCGAGAGUGGUAGGUGUGGCUGCGAGGUGUGCGACGCCCGGGUGUGCGACUACUGCCGCAAGGAAUGCGAGGUCUGCCGGACCGUGUCUUGCCCGGAGUGUCUCGGGUUCAUGCGAGUCCAGAACUUUUGCGAGGUACUGCUGUACGGUGUGGUUUGGGGGGGGGCGCACAUCGUGUCCUAUAAGACCGUGUUGUAA